AUAUGGUGAUUUUCUAUUUCUUGGGAAAUCAUGCGUUUCAUUCCAUCCUUUCCCCUCUUCUUCUCCCUUCCCCUCACCGCCCUCCCUCUUCUUCCCCUCACCGCCCUCCCUCUUCUUCCCCUCACCGCCCUCCCUCUUCUUCCCCUCACCGCCCUCCCUCUUCUUCCCCUCACCGCCCUCCCUCUUCUUCCCCUCACCGCCCUCCUCUUCUUCCCCUCACCGCCCUCCCUCUUCUUCCCCUCACCGCCCUCCCUCUUCUUCCCCUCACCGCCCUCCCUCUUCUUCCCCUCACCGCCCUCCCUCUUCUUCCCCUCACCGCCCUCCGUCUUCUUCCCCUCACCGCCCUCCCUCUUCUUCCCCUCACCGCCCUCCCUCUUCUUCCCCUCACCGCCCUCCCUCUUCUUCCCUCACCGCCCUCCCUCUUCUUCCCCCUCACCGCCCUCCCUCUUCUUCCCCUCACCGCCCUCCCUCUUCUUCCCCUCACCGCCCUCCCUCUUCUUCCCCUCACCGCCCUCCCUCUUCUUCCCCUCACCGCCCUCCCUCUUCUUCCCUCACCGCCCUCCCUCUUCUUCCCCUCACCGCCCUCCCUCUUCUUCCCCUCACCGCCCUCCCUCUUCUUCCCCUCACCGCCCUCCCUCUUCUUCCCCUCACCGCCCUCCUCUUCUUCCCCUCACCGCCCUCCCUCUUCUUCCCCUCACCGCCCUCCCUCUUCUUCCCCUCACCGCCCUCCCUCUUCUUCCCCUCACCGCCCUCCCUCUUCUUCCCCUCACCGCCCUCCCUCUUCUUCCCCUCACCGCCCUCCCUCUUCUUCCCUCACCGCCCUCCCUCUUCUUCCCCUCACCGCCCUCCCUCUUCUUCCCCUCACCGCCCUCCCUCUUCUUCCCCUCACCGCCCUCCGUCUUCUUCCCCUCACCGCCCUCCCUCUUCUUCCCUCACCCGCCCUCCCUCUUCUUCCCUCACCGCCCUCCCUCUUCUUCCCCUCACCGCCCUCCCUCUUCUUCCCCUCACCGCCCUCCCUCUUCUUCCCCUCACCGCCCUCCCUCUUCUUCCCCUCACCGCCCUCCCUCUUCUUCCCUCACCGCCCUCCCUCUUCUUCCCCUCACCGCCCUCCCUCUUCUUCCCCUCACCGCCCCUCCUCUUCUUCCCCUCACCGCCCUCCCUCUUCUUCCCCUCAACCGCCCUCCCUCUUCUUCCCCUCACCCCUCCGUCUUCUUCCCCACCGCCUCCCUCUUCUUCCCUCACCGCCCUCCCUCUUCUUCCCCUCACCGCCCUCCCUCUUCUUCCCCUCACCGCCCUCCCUCUUCUUCCCCUCACCGCCCUCCCUCUUCUUCCCCUCACCGCCCUCCCUCUUCUUCCCCUCACCGCCCCUCCCUCUUCUUCCCCUCACCGCCCUCCCUCUUCUUCCCUCACCGCCCUCCCUCUUCUUCCCCUCACCGCCCUCCCUCUUCUUCCCCUCACCGCCCUCCCUCUUCUUCCCCUCACCGCCCUCCCUCUUCUUCCCCUCACCGCCCUCCCUCUUCUUCCCCUCACCGCCCUCCCUCUUCUUCCCCUCACCGCCCUCCCUCUUCUUCCCUCACCGCCCUCCCUCUUCUUCCCCUCACCGCCCUCCCUCUUCUUCCCCUCACCGCCCUCCCUCUUCUUCCCCUCACCGCCCUCCCUCUUCUUCCCCUCACCGCCCUCCCUCUUCUUCCCCUCACCGCCCUCCCUCUUCUUCCCCUCACCGCCCUCCCUCUUCUUCCCCUCACCGCCCUCCCUCUUCUUCCCCUCACCGCCCUCCCUCUUCUUCCCCUCACCGCCCUCCCUCUUCUUCCCCUCACCGCCCUCCCUCUUCUUCCCUCACCGCCCUCCCUCUUCUUCCCCUCACCGCCCUCCCUCAUCUUCCCCUCACCGCCCUCCCUCAUCUUCCCCUCACCGCCCUCAUCUUCCCCUCACCGCCCUCCCUCAUCUUCCCCUCACCGCCCUCAUCUUCCCCUCACCGCCCUCCCUCAUCUUCCCCUCACCGCCCUCAUCUUCCCCUCACCGCCCUCCCUCGUCUUCCCCUCACCACCCUCCCUCAUCUUCCCCUCACCGCCCUCCCUCAUCUUCCCCUCACCGCCCUCCCUCUUCUUCCCCUCACCGCCCUCCCUCUUCUUCCCCUCACCGCCCUCCCUCAUCUUCCCCUCACCGCCCUCCCUCAUCUUCCCCUCACCGCCCUCAUCUUCCCCUCACCGCCCUCCCUCAUCUUCCCCUCACCGCCCUCAUCUUCCCCUCACCGCCCUCCCUCAUCUUCCCCUCACCGCCCUCCCUCUUCUUCCCCUCACCGCCCUCCCUCUUCUUCCCCUCACCGCCCUCCCUCUUCUUCCCCUCACCGCCCUCCCUCUUCUUCCCCUCACCGCCCUCCCUCAUCUUCCGCUCACCGCCCUCCCUCAUCUUCCCCUCACCGCCCUCAUCUUCCCCUCACCGCCCUCCCUCAUCUUCCCCUCACCGCCCUCAUCUUCCCCUCACCGCCCUCCCUCAUCUUCCCCUCACCGCCCUCCCUCAUCUUCCCCUCACCGCCCUCAUCUUCCCCUCACCGCCCUCCCUCAUCUUCCCCUCACCGCCCUCAUCUUCCCCUCACCGCCCUCCCUCAUCUUCCCCUCACCGCCCUCCCUCAUCUUCCCCUCACCGCCCUCAUCUUCCCCUCACCGCCCUCCCUCAUCUUCCCCUCACCGCCCUCAUCUUCCCCUCACCGCCCUCCCUCAUCUUCCCCUCACCGCCCUCAUCUUCCCCUCACCGCCCUCCCUCAUCUUCCCCUCACCGCCCUCCCUCUUCUUCCCCUCACCGCCCUCCCUCAUCUUCCCCUCACCGCCCUCCCUCAUCUUCCCCUCACCGCCCUCAUCUUCCCCUCACCGCCCUCCCUCAUCUUCCCCUCACCGCCCUCCCUCUUCUUCCCCUCACCGCCCUCCCUCUUCUUCCCCUCACCGCCCUCCCUCUUCUUCCCCUCACCGCCCUCCCUCUUCUUCCCUCACCGCCCUCCCUCAUCUUCCGCUCACCGCCCUCCCUCAUCUUCCCCUCACCGCCCUCAUCUUCCCCUCACCGCCCUCCCUCAUCUUCCCCUCACCGCCCUCAUCUUCCCCUCACCGCCCUCCCUCAUCUUCCCCUCACCGCCCUCAUCUUCCCCUCACCGCCCUCCCUCUUCUUCCCCUCACCGCCCUCAUCUUCCCCUCACCGCCCUCCCUCAUCUUCCCCUCACCGCCCUCAUCUUCCCCUCACCGCCCUCCCUCAUCUUCCCCUCACCGCCCUCCCUCAUCUUCCCCUCACCGCCCUCCCUCAUCUUCCCCUCAUCGCCCUCCCUCUUCUUCCCCUCACCGCCCUCCCUCUUCUUCCCCUCACCGCCCUCCCUCAUCUUCCCCUCACCGCCCUCCCUCAUCUUCCCCUCACCGCCCUCAUCUUCCCCUCACCGCCCUCCCUCAUCUUCCCCUCACCGCCCUCAUCUUCCCCUCACCGCCCUCCCUCAUCUUCCCCUCACCGCCCUCCCUCUUCUUCCCCUCACCGCCCUCCCUCAUCUUCCCCUCACCGCCCUCCCUCUUCUUCCCCUCACCGCCCUCCCUCAUCUUCCCCUCACCGCCCUCCCUCAUCUUCCCCUCACCGCCCUCAUCUUCCCCUCACCGCCCUCCCUCAUCUUCCCCUCACCGCCCUCCCUCUUCUUCCCCUCACCGCCCUCCCUCUUCUUCGCCUCACCGCCCUCCCUCUUCUUCCCCUCACCGCCCUCCCUCUUCUUCCCCUCACCGCCCUCCCUCUUCUUCCCCUCACCGCCCUCCCUCAUCUUCCCCUCACCGCCCUCCCUCUUCUUCCCCUCACCGCCCUCCCUCUUCUUCCCCUCACCGCCCUCCCUCUUCUUCCCCUCACCGCCCUCCCUCUUCUUCCCCUCACCGCCCUCCCUCAUCUUCCCCUCACCGCCCUCCCUCAUCUUCCCCUCACCGCCCUCAUCUUCCCCUCACCGCCCUCCCUCAUCUUCCCCUCACCGCCCUCAUCUUCCCCUCACCGCCCUCCCUCAUCUUCCCCUCACCGCCCUCAUCUUCCCCUCACCGCCCUCCCUCGUCUUCCCCUCACCACCCUCCCUCAUCUUCCCCUCACCGCCCUCCCUCAUCUUCCCCUCACCGCCCUCCCUCUUCUUCCCCUCACCGCCCUCCCUCUUCUUCCCCUCACCGCCCUCCCUCAUCUUCCCCUCACCGCCCUCCCUCAUCUUCCCCUCACCGCCCUCAUCUUCCCCUCACCGCCCUCCCUCAUCUUCCCCUCACCGCCCUCAUCUUCCCCUCACCGCCCUCCCUCAUCUUCCCCUCACCGCCCUCCCUCUUCUUCCCCUCACCGCCCUCCCUCUUCUUCCCCUCACCGCCCUCCCUCUUCUUCCCCUCACCGCCCUCCCUCUUCUUCCCCUCACCGCCCUCCCUCAUCUUCCGCUCACCGCCCUCCCUCAUCUUCCCCUCACCGCCCUCAUCUUCCCCUCACCGCCCUCCCUCAUCUUCCCCUCACCGCCCUCAUCUUCCCCUCACCGCCCUCCCUCAUCUUCCCCUCACCGCCCUCCCUCAUCUUCCCCUCACCGCCCUCAUCUUCCCCUCACCGCCCUCCCUCAUCUUCCCCUCACCGCCCUCAUCUUCCCCUCACCGCCCUCCCUCAUCUUCCCCUCACCGCCCUCCCUCAUCUUCCCCUCACCGCCCUCAUCUUCCCCUCACCGCCCUCCCUCAUCUUCCCCUCACCGCCCUCAUCUUCCCCUCACCGCCCUCCCUCAUCUUCCCCUCACCGCCCUCAUCUUCCCCUCACCGCCCUCCCUCAUCUUCCCCUCACCGCCCUCCCUCUUCUUCCCCUCACCGCCCUCCCUCAUCUUCCCCUCACCGCCCUCCCUCAUCUUCCCCUCACCGCCCUCAUCUUCCCCUCACCGCCCUCCCUCAUCUUCCCCUCACCGCCCUCCCUCUUCUUCCCCUCACCGCCCUCCCUCUUCUUCCCCUCACCGCCCUCCCUCUUCUUCCCCUCACCGCCCUCCCUCUUCUUCCCCUCACCGCCCUCCCUCAUCUUCCGCUCACCGCCCUCCCUCAUCUUCCCCUCACCGCCCUCAUCUUCCCCUCACCGCCCUCCCUCAUCUUCCCCUCACCGCCCUCAUCUUCCCCUCACCGCCCUCCCUCAUCUUCCCCUCACCGCCCUCAUCUUCCCCUCACCGCCCUCCCUCAUCUUCCCCUCACCGCCCUCAUCUUCCCCUCACCGCCCUCCCUCAUCUUCCCCUCACCGCCCUCAUCUUCCCCUCACCGCCCUCCCUCAUCUUCCCCUCACCGCCCUCCCUCAUCUUCCCCUCACCGCCCUCCCUCAUCUUCCCCUCAUCGCCCUCCCUCUUCUUCCCCUCACCGCCCUCCCUCUUCUUCCCCUCACCGCCCUCCCUCAUCUUCCCCUCACCGCCCUCCCUCAUCUUCCCCUCACCGCCCUCAUCUUCCCCUCACCGCCCUCCCUCAUCUUCCCCUCACCGCCCUCAUCUUCCCCUCACCGCCCUCCCUCAUCUUCCCCUCACCGCCCUCCCUCUUCUUCCCCUCACCGCCCUCCCUCUUCUUCCCCUCACCGCCCUCCCUCUUCUUCCCCUCACCUCCCUCCCUCAUCUUCCCCUCACCGCCCUCCCUCAUCUUCCCCUCACCGCCCUCAUCUUCCCCUCACCGCCCUCCCUCAUCUUCCCCUCACCGCCCUCAUCUUCCCCUCACCGCCCUCCCUCAUCUUCCCCUCACCGCCCUCAUCUUCCCCUCACCGCCCUCCCUCAUCUUCCCCUCACCGCCCUCAUCUUCCCCUCACCGCCCUCCCUCAUCUUCCCCUCACCGCCCUCAUCUUCCCCUCACCGCCCUCCCUCUUCUUCCCCUCACCGCCCUCCCUCUUCUUCCCCUCACCGCCCUCCCUCAUCUUCCCCUCACCGCCCUCCCUCAUCUUCCCCUCACCGCCCUCAUCUUCCCUCACCGCCCUCCCUCAUCUUCCCCUCACCGCCCUCAUCUUCCCCUCACCGCCCUCCCUCAUCUUCCCCUCACCGCCCUCCCUCUUCUUCCCCUCACCGCCCUCCCUCAUCUUCCCCUCACCGCCCUCAUCUUCCCCUCACCGCCCUCCCUCAUCUUCCCCUCACCGCCCUCAUCUUCCCCUCACCGCCCUCCCUCAUCUUCCCCUCACCGCCCUCCCUCUUCUUCCCCUCACCGCCCUCCCUCUUCUUCCCCUCACCGCCCUCCCUCAUCUUCCCCUCACCGCCCUCAUCUUCCCCUCACCGCCCUCCCUCAUCUUCCCCUCACCGCCCUCAUCUUCCCCUCACCGCCCUCCCUCAUCUUCCCCUCACCGCCCUCAUCUUCCCCUCACCGCCCUCCCUCAUCUUCCCCUCACCGCCCUCAUCUUCCCCUCACCGCCCUCCCUCUUCUUCCCCUCACCGCCCUCCCUCUUCUUCCCCUCACCGCCCUCCCUCAUCUUCCCCUCACCGCCCUCCCUCAUCUUCCCCUCACCGCCCUCAUCUUCCCCUCACCGCCCUCCCUCAUCUUCCCCUCACCGCCCUCAUCUUCCCCUCACCGCCCUCCCUCAUCUUCCCCUCACCGCCCUCAUCUUCCCCUCACCGCCCUCCCUCAUCUUCCCCUCACCGCCCUCAUCUUCCCCUCACCGCCCUCCCUCAUCUUCCCCUCACCGCCCUCAUCUUCCCCUCACCGCCCUCCCUCUUCUUCCCCUCACCGCCCUCAUCUUCCCCUCACCGCCCUCCCUCAUCUUCCCCUCACCGCCCUCCCUCAUCUUCCCCCUCACCGCCCUCAUCUUCCCCUCACCGCCCUCCCUCAUCUUCCCCUCACCGCCCUCAUCUUCCCCUCACCGCCCUCCCUCAUCUUCCCCUCACCGCCCUCCCUCUUCUUCCCCUCACCGCCCUCCCUCUUCUUCCCCUCACCGCCCUCCCUCUUCUUCCCCUCACCUCCCUCCCUCUUCUUCCCCUCACCGCCCUCCCUCUUCUUCCCCUCACCGCCCUCCCUCUUCUUCCCCUCACCGCCCUCCCUCAUCUUCCCCUCACCGCCCUCCUCCCUCUUCUUCCCCUCACCGCCCUCCCUCUUCUUCCCCUCACCGCCCUCCCUCAUCUUCCCCCUCACCGCCCUCCCUCAUCUUCCCCUCACCGCCCUCCCUCAUCUUCCCCUCACCGCCCUCAUCUUCCCCCCCUCACCGCCCUCCCUCAUCUUCCCCUCACCGCCCUCAUCUUCCCCUCACCGCCCUCCCUCAUCUUCCCCUCACCGCCCUCAUCUUCCCCUCACCGCCCUCCCUCAUCUUCCCCUCACCGCCCUCAUCUUCAACUCACCGCCCUCCCUCAUCUUCCCCUCACCGCCCUCCCUCAUCUUCCCCUCACCGCCCUCCCUCAUCUUCCCCUCACCGCCCUCCCUCUACUUCCCCUCACCGCCCUCCCUCUUCUUCCCCUCACCGCCCUCCCUCAUCUUCCCCUCACCGCCCUCCCUCAUCUUCCCCUCACCGCCCUCAUCUUCCCCUCACCGCCCUCCCUCAUCUUCCCCUCACCGCCCUCCCUCAUCUUCCCCUCACCGCCCUCCCUCAUCUUCCCCUCACCGCCCUCCCUCUUCUUCCCCUCACCGCCCUCCCUCUUCUUCCCCUCACCGCCCACCCUCAUCUUCCCCUCACCGCCCUCCCUCUUCUUCCCCUCACCGCCCUCCCUCAUCUUCCCCUCACCGCCCUCAUCUUCCCCUCACUGCCCUCCCUCAUCUUCCCCUCACCGCCCUCAUCUUCCCCUCACCGCCCUCCCUCUUCUUCCCCUCACCGCCCUCCCUCUUCUUCCCCUCACCGCCCUCCCUCUUCUUCCCCUCACCGCCCUCCCUCUUCUUCCCCUCACCGCCCUCCCUCUUCUUCCCCUCACCGCCCUCCCUCUUCUUCCCCUCACCGCCCUCCCUCUUCUUCCCCUCACUGCCCUCCCUCUUCUUCCCCUCACCGCCCUCCCUCUUCUUCCCUCACCGCCCUCCCUCUUCUUCCCCUCACCGCCCUCCCUCUUCUUCCCCUCACCGCCCUCCCUCUUCUUCCCCUCACCGCCCUCCCUCUUCUUCCCCUCACCGCCCUCCCUCUUCUUCCCCUCACCGCCCUCCCUCUUCUUCGCCUCACCGCCCUCCCUCUUCUUCCCCUCACCGCCCUCCCUCUUCUUCCCCUCACCGCCCUCCCUCUUCUUCCCCUCACCGCCCUCCCUCAUCUUCCCCUCACCGCCCUCCCUCUUCUUCCCCUCACCGCCCUCCCUCUUCUUCCCCUCACCGCCCUCCCUCUUCUUCCCCUCACCGCCCUCCCUCUUCUUCCCCUCACCGCCCUCCCUCAUCUUCCCCUCACCGCCCUCCCUCAUCUUCCCCUCACCGCCCUCAUCUUCCCCUCACCGCCCUCCCUCAUCUUCCCCUCACCGCCCUCAUCUUCCCCUCACCGCCCUCCCUCAUCUUCCCCUCACCGCCCUCAUCUUCCCCUCACCGCCCUCCCUCGUCUUCCCCUCACCACCCUCCCUCAUCUUCCCCUCACCGCCCUCCCUCAUCUUCCCCUCACCGCCCUCCCUCUUCUUCCCCUCACCGCCCUCCCUCUUCUUCCCCUCACCGCCCUCCCUCAUCUUCCCCUCACCGCCCUCCCUCAUCUUCCCCUCACCGCCCUCAUCUUCCCCUCACCGCCCUCCCUCAUCUUCCCCUCACCGCCCUCAUCUUCCCUCACCGCCCUCCCUCAUCUUCCCCUCACCGCCCUCCCUCUUCUUCCCCUCACCGCCCUCCCUCUUCUUCCCCUCACCGCCCUCCCUCUUCUUCCCUCACCGCCCUCCCUCUUCUUCCCCUCACCGCCCUCCCUCAUCUUCCGCUCACCGCCCUCCCUCAUCUUCCCCUCACCGCCCUCAUCUUCCCCUCACCGCCCUCCCUCAUCUUCCCCUCACCGCCCUCAUCUUCCCCUCACCGCCCUCCCUCAUCUUCCCCUCACCGCCCUCCCUCAUCUUCCCCUCACCGCCCUCAUCUUCCCCUCACCGCCCUCCCUCAUCUUCCCCUCACCGCCCUCAUCUUCCCCUCACCGCCCUCCCUCAUCUUCCCCUCACCGCCCUCCCUCAUCUUCCCCUCACCGCCCUCAUCUUCCCCUCACCGCCCUCCCUCAUCUUCCCCUCACCGCCCUCAUCUUCCCCUCACCGCCCUCCCUCAUCUUCCCCUCACCGCCCUCAUCUUCCCCUCACCGCCCUCCCUCAUCUUCCCCUCACCGCCCUCCCUCUUCUUCCCCUCACCGCCCUCCCUCAUCUUCCCCUCACCGCCCUCCCUCAUCUUCCCCUCACCGCCCUCAUCUUCCCCUCACCGCCCUCCCUCAUCUUCCCCUCACCGCCCUCCCUCUUCUUCCCCUCACCGCCCUCCCUCUUCUUCCCCUCACCGCCCUCCCUCUUCUUCCCCUCACCGCCCUCCCUCUUCUUCCCCUCACCGCCCUCCCUCAUCUUCCGCUCACCGCCCUCCCUCAUCUUCCCCUCACCGCCCUCAUCUUCCCCUCACCGCCCUCCCUCAUCUUCCCCUCACCGCCCUCAUCUUCCCCUCACCGCCCUCCCUCAUCUUCCCCUCACCGCCCUCCCUCAUCUUCCCCUCACCGCCCUCAUCUUCCCCUCACCGCCCUCCCUCAUCUUCCCCUCACCGCCCUCAUCUUCCCCUCACCGCCCUCCCUCAUCUUCCCCUCACCGCCCUCAUCUUCCCCUCACCGCCCUCCCUCAUCUUCCCCUCACCGCCCUCCCUCAUCUUCCCCUCACCGCCCUCCCUCAUCUUCCCCUCACCGCCCUCCCUCUUCUUCCCCUCACCGCCCUCCCUCUUCUUCCCCUCACCGCCCUCCCUCAUCUUCCCCUCACCGCCCUCCCUCAUCUUCCCCUCACCGCCCUCAUCUUCCCCUAACCGCCCUCCCUCAUCUUCCCCUCACCGCCCUCAUCUUCCCCUCACCGCCCUCCCUCAUCUUCCCCUCACCGCCCUCCCUCUUCUUCCCCUCACCGCCCUCCCUCUUCUUCCCCUCACCGCCCUCCCUCUUCUUCCCCUCACCUCCCUCCCUCAUCUUCCCCUCACCGCCCUCCCUCAUCUUCCCCUCACCGCCCUCAUCUUCCCCUCACCGCCCUCCCUCAUCUUCCCCUCACCGCCCUCAUCUUCCCUCACCGCCCUCCCUCAUCUUCCCCUCACCGCCCUCAUCUUCCCCUCACCGCCCUCCCUCAUCUUCCCCUCACCGCCCUCAUCUUCCCCUCACCGCCCUCCCUCAUCUUCCCCUCACCGCCCUCAUCUUCCCCUCACCGCCCUCCCUCUUCUUCCCCUCACCGCCCUCCCUCUUCUUCCCCUCACCGCCCUCCCUCAUCUUCCCCUCACCGCCCUCCCUCAUCUUCCCCUCACCGCCCUCAUCUUCCCCUCACCGCCCUCCCUCAUCUUCCCCUCACCGCCCUCAUCUUCCCCUCACCGCCCUCCCUCAUCUUCCCCUCACCGCCCUCCCUCUUCUUCCCCUCACCGCCCUCCCUCAUCUUCCCCUCACCGCCCUCAUCUUCCCCUCACCGCCCUCCCUCAUCUUCCCCUCACCGCCCUCAUCUUCCCCUCACCGCCCUCCCUCAUCUUCCCCUCACCGCCCUCCCUCUUCUUCCCCUCACCGCCCUCCCUCUUCUUCCCCUCACCGCCCUCCCUCAUCUUCCCCUCACCGCCCUCAUCUUCCCCUCACCGCCCUCCCUCAUCUUCCCCUCACCGCCCUCAUCUUCCCCUCACCGCCCUCCCUCAUCUUCCCCUCACCGCCCUCAUCUUCCCCUCACCGCCCUCCCUCAUCUUCCCCUCACCGCCCUCAUCUUCCCUCACCGCCCUCCCUCUUCUUCCCCUCACCGCCCUCCCUCUUCUUCCCCUCACCGCCCUCCCUCAUCUUCCCCUCACCGCCCUCCCUCAUCUUCCCCUCACCGCCCUCAUCUUCCCCUCACCGCCCUCCCUCAUCUUCCCCUCACCGCCCUCAUCUUCCCCUCACCGCCCUCCCUCAUCUUCCCCUCACCGCCCUCAUCUUCCCCUCACCGCCCUCCCUCAUCUUCCCCUCACCGCCCUCAUCUUCCCCUCACCGCCCUCCCUCAUCUUCCCCUCACCGCCCUCAUCUUCCCCUCACCGCCCUCCCUCUUCUUCCCCUCACCGCCCUCAUCUUCCCCUCACCGCCCUCCCUCAUCUUCCCCUCACCGCCCUCCCUCAUCUUCCCCUCACCGCCCUCAUCUUCCCCUCACCGCCCUCCCUCAUCUUCCCCUCACCGCCCUCAUCUUCCCCUCACCGCCCUCCCUCAUCUUCCCCUCACCGCCCUCCCUCAUCUUCCCCUCACCGCCCUCAUCUUCCCCUCACCGCCCUCCCUCAUCUUCCCCUCACCGCCCUCAUCUUCCCCUCACCGCCCUCCCUCAUCUUCCCCUCACCGCCCUCAUCUUCCCCUCACCGCCCUCCCUCAUCUUCCCCUCACCGCCCUCCCUCUUCUUCCCCUCACCGCCCUCCCUCAUCUUCCCCUCACCGCCCUCCCUCAUCUUCCCCUCACCGCCCUCAUCUUCCCCUCACCGCCCUCCCUCAUCUUCCCCUCACCGCCCUCCCUCUUCUUCCCCUCACCGCCCUCCCUCUUCUUCCCCUCACCGCCCUCCCUCUUCUUCCCCUCACCGCCCUCCCUCUUCUUCCCCUCACCGCCCUCCCUCAUCUUCCGCUCACCGCCCUCCCUCAUCUUCCCCUCACCGCCCUCAUCUUCCCCUCACCGCCCUCCCUCAUCUUCCCCUCACCGCCCUCAUCUUCCCCUCACCGCCCUCCCUCAUCUUCCCCUCACCGCCCUCCCUCAUCUUCCCCUCACCGCCCUCAUCUUCCCCUCACCGCCCUCCCUCAUCUUCCCCUCACCGCCCUCAUCUUCCCCUCACCGCCCUCCCUCAUCUUCCCCUCACCGCCCUCAUCUUCCCCUCACCGCCCUCCCUCAUCUUCCCCUCACCGCCCUCCCUCAUCUUCCCCUCACCGCCCUCCCUCAUCUUCCCCUCACCGCCCUCCCUCUUCUUCCCCUCACCGCCCUCCCUCUUCUUCCCCUCACCGCCCUCCCUCAUCUUCCCCUCACCGCCCUCCCUCAUCUUCCCCUCACCGCCCUCAUCUUCCCCUAA